AUGAACAACUUCGUCAUCAUGGAGAAGAUCGACGAAGGCACGUACGGCGUCGACUACAAAGCAAAGUGUAAGACCACCAAUAAGGUCGUCGCCAUGAAGAAGACCCGAGUCGAGGGUGCAGAUGAAGGUGUUGCGGCAAUGACGAUACGACAGUGGCCCUUCUCCGGGAGACCUACGGUAGACACUUGGCCCAAAGUGAAACAGCUACCAAAUUACAAGCCGGCCAUCCCUAUGUGGAGAAAGAACAUCAUGGCUGAGCUGCUUCUCGAUUUAGACGGCGAGGCGGUAGAUCUGCUUCUGAAGAUGCUUAUCUACAGCGCUGGCGAGAUUAUCCUGGCCAAAUACUCCGCUGCACUCCCCUACCUGGCCGGAUAG